GGAAGUGGGAAAGGCAUGAUCCAGUCUUUCAGCUCAGUUUCAACAAUGACAACAACGAACGUAAUUAAUUUCGGGCUCGGUAUAAAAUGGGAAAGAAUCCUGCAGAGAUCACAGAAUUCAUCUGACGUUCAAGGAUCAACAACCAACUAUUGCAAUCAUGAAGUGCAUCGCAGCUGUAGUCAUGAUGGCCUUUGCCGUUGCCGCUGAAGCCGGGUUUGCCCCGUUGCUGUACAGUGCUCCGCUGGCUUAUUCCGGCCAUACCACCAUUGUCCAGGGAAACCAAGCCGAUCCAGCCAAAAUUACUGAGCUGCCGUCGAUCGCUUACUCUGCUCCAGCCUUUGCACCAUACUAUGCCUAUCCAGCUGCGGCGCCAAUUGCUUACUCUGCACCGGCUAUUCUGCUACAGAAGGAAGCUCGCUACCUGGCUGCGAACCGUGGUGCCAUCCAUGAGGCUCCACUUCCUGGACACGCAAUCUCUCAGCAACAGCUCAAUCUGGAACCAGCUGCGUAAACCGAUUGAGUACGGACUUCGGCUUUUUCUUUUCUAAAAUUGUGAUAUCGGAAAUUUGAAAUACACAAAUACUUUGGCAAAGUUUAUUAAGAA